AUGGGCUCAAAUCAAGAGGGAUUGGUGCAGAGAGAUGUUGUAAGGUUGGGACUUCUACAAGAAGCAGAAAAACAAUUCCUGUCAUCCCUGAAGAGCCAUCGCUUGGUCUACAACCGUCUUGGCCAGCCUUUGGUAGCGAAUAAGUACUACGAGCAAGGUCUUAUGCUCUAUCACGAUGAUGUGACUCUUCUAACAGGACUCGCAAGGAACAAAGAGGCAAUCGCUUGUAUUGCAACCAACUGUUUCUACAAUGAUAAACCGGAGAUCGCCCUUCGAUAUUAUAGGAGAAUCAUGCAAAUGGGUGUGAACAACGCCGAGCUGAUGAUGAACAUUGGCCUAUGCUGCUUUGCUUGUCAACAGUUCGAUUUCGCACUGUCGUCGAUGCAAAGAGCUCACUCAACUGCGACUGAAGAAACAGCCGGGGAAAUUUGGUAUAACACUGGACAUAUAAUGCUGGCCAUCAGACACACGACAAGCGAGUCGUUGCUUUAGAUUGGCGUUAGCAGCAGAUUCUGAGCAUGGAGAAGCCAUGGUCAAUCUCGGGAUCUUACGGCAAAUGGAAGGGAAGCUAGAUCAAGCCCGUUCACUUUAUCACUCAGCUAUUGCUAAAUCACCUCAUCUCUUCGAGCCACACUUCAAUCUUGCUCUUCUCUGCACUCAGUAAAGAUCAUGCCGAUAAUUCAUUUCAAAUGGGUCGCUACGACGAAGCUUUUCGCAUGAUCAGAACUGCGUUGACAAUAUUUCCAGAACACACCCAUUCUCAACAACUUUACC